UAGGGUAGGGACGCCUCUGGCGGCGGGAGGGCGCCUGGGAGGGGUGCGAUGGGUAUCGCCUGAUCUCAGCCUUGCCUUGGACUUGGGACUAAGGCUGGUUUUGCAGAGCAUCUUCGAUCUGCGCAGAGCCACUGCCGUCAGCAAGAUGAAGCAAGAGAAUAUUUUCCUCUUCGUUCCCAACCUCAUUGGUUAUGCUCGUAUAAUCUUCGCUUUUAUUGCUUUUUAUUAUAUGCCAACUUCCCCCUUGCUGGCAUCAUUCUUCUACCUACUUAGUGGCUUCCUUGAUGCCUUUGAUGGCCAUGCUGCCCGGGCUCUUAACCAAGGAACCCGCUUUGGGGCCAUGCUGGACAUGCUGACUGACCGCUGUGCUACUAUGUGUCUGCUGGUGAACCUAGCUAUGCUCUAUCCAGAGUCUGCCCUCUGGUUUCAGCUGAGCAUGAGCCUGGAUGUGGCCUCCCAUUGGCUACAUCUCCACAGCACUGUGGUGAAAGGUGGAGAAAGCCAUAAGAGUAUUGACUUAACAGGAAAUCCGAUCUUGAGAGUGUAUUACAACUCACGGCCUGUUCUUUUCAUUAUGUGUGCUGGUAAUGAACUCUUCUACUGCAUGUUAUACUUGUUGUGUUUCGGUGAAGGGUCAGAAAUCCUGUCAGGAUACGCUGGACUCUACCGCCUGAUUCUGUGGGUUUGUACCCCCAUUGCCAUCACCAAGAGCUUCAUCAGCUUAAUUCACUUGGUCUCGGCCUCGUGCAAUAUGGCUGCCUUAGAUGCUGCUGAACGGGCAAAGAAGAUGUAGGAUUUCAAAGUUGUGGGAAGGAACUCCCCUAAGUCUUCCAGAGUGAUCAGCUCCCAAUCUUCAUGAUGAAGGAAUGAGAUCUUUGCCUUAGAUCAGUCACGCCGGUUGUACAGUUUUUCUCUGAUGUGUUCACUUCACCUUCCCAUGAUGCUUUUGCAAUAUCUGUGUGGGGCAAUAGAAUAGCUCCUGCUCCUCCUGGCUUCUUUUGGUUUUACUCCCAUAAUAAUAUGAAACUUGAGUUAAAAAUUGGCUGUUGAGGAGGAUCCUGAUCCACCAUUUUGAGGGGCAGCUGAAGAGCUUGUCGUUUUGCAAUUGAAAGCUUUUUUACCUCACACUUUUGGGGUAUCUUUGGGGAAAACGAAAUAUAGGACUGCACUUGUCUUGAUAUAAUAAACCAAACUAGGAUUUUGUUGCCCAAAAAUCAAGAAGAUCACAUCUAAACACCUUUUGAAAUCUGGACUAGGUUUUUUUGUGUUCCCAAACUGUAUAGGACCAGAUCUCUGAAGAGGAGAAUGUAUUAAUCCCCUGCAUUCUGUAAAUAUAUCUAGUAAGACAUGGAGCAACCAUUUGGAUGUAAUUUAUUUUGGGCAAUAUGAAUACACAGUUUUAAAAAGGAUAUAGUAUUGGUAGGCUACCUAUUGACCCUGGAGGUCUUAAGAUCAUAUCUUGCAUUAUUUCCUUGGAAUUAUCUCUGAACGUUCAGUUUAACUUUUGUACUUUAGCUCAUGAUCCAGAUUAUCUGCUCUUUUCUCUUGUAAUUUUUUUUAUUAGAAAUACAUAGACAAGAGGUGGCAAAUUGCUUCAUUUCUCAAGCAGUUUAGAUUGACUGUAGCUGAAGCUAUACUUUCCUUUUCUUCAGUCAUGUCAUUGUGGUGUGCAAUAUUGAAGUGAACUAAAUAAGUACAACUUUCACCAUCAGUUUCGCCCUUCUGGAGUCCUGUCUGACUUUUCCACGAUUCUGACAUUUGCCAGUGGCAGAGAUGUAUUUACCUAUUUAUUUUCUCCAAGAUUUGGAACAUUCAGUACUUUCCUGAGGUAGUUAGUAACUCAUUUAUAUAGACUCGUUUAUCUUCUUUCUUUCCUCGUUGGUUUCUGCAUUAGCGCAUUAGCAAGCUCUCCUACUGUGGCUUUCAGCAAGAAGUUUACAUUACCAUGGUAGCCCCCUACCUAUUAAAGGUCUUCUUCUUCCUUUCUCACAAAAGCUGGCUUUUCAUGCUUGUAUUAGGACCCAGAAGUCAAGAGAAAUAACAGAUGGAGAUGAAGGAGGCAGGGUUUUUAAUUUAUUAAACAAAUUUAUGGCUGCCCAACUGACACAUGGUGACUCUGGGGGGCUUACAGAAUUAGAAAUUCACAAUAUAAUUACCACCUUGGGGCCAUAAUAGAAGAGAGAUAUCUAAGCCCUAAGGCAGGGGUAGUCAACCUUGGCUCUUUUAUGACUCAUGGAUUUCAACUUCUAGAAUUCAGGAAUUCUGGGAGUUGAAGUCCACGAGUCAUAAAAGAGCCAAAGUUGACUACCCUUGCCCUAGGCAUAGCUUAAUUGUCUGGUAGUUUAAGCAAAAGGUACGGUAAUUCUUUUUGCUUAAACUGCAAGGAGACCUCUGAAAUUGAAAUGGUUAUUUUUGUCCUUCCUUGUAAUAUUCUCACCCUGCCUCCUCCAGACAGGGGCUGAUCUUAACAACUCUCCUAAAUCCACAGUGGUGUUGCUGCACAUUUCAAACCUGAGUGUCUGCAUAUUGUAUAUAGAUUUUUAAAGUGUAAAGCUUUUGUCUGAUAAAAAAAACACCUCUUUUUCUUGCAACAAAAUUGAGAUUAUGGUCAUCUGAUUGUCUUGAUUUGGUUGUCUCUGAUUAUUUAUGGAAGGAUCUGGAUGAACAACCAAGAUAAAUAUGGCAAAUAUUCCUAGCUCUGUAUUUAAUGGUUUUCUGGAGACCAAGAAGAUUGACCACCUGGUCAAGAGGAGAAUAAAUGUUUUCAGUAUAACAGAAGCCAACAUUCGUGAAUCAGAGGAGCCAUAAAUAGGCUGAUGUCUGCAGAUUAAGCCUCUUUGUCAACAAGACCUAAGGGAGGAAGCAGAAUGAAGAUAAAAGAGGCAGUCUGUUGCCCUGCCAAGACCCAAAUCUUGCCAAGACACCUCUUCCAUUCCCAAGAGACUGCAGAAAUUAAAGUCAAAUUGUUACAUGUCAUUUUGUUUUCCUAUCUUAAAGGGCCUAAAGAACCACAUUUGGAUAAAGGCCUUGUUACCAUAGUUGCUACCGUAACUUGUAAAAUCUUUAGAACACUUUGCAGCAGUGAUUAACAUUUUUUUCCUGUAAUGUUACAGAUGUCCCAAAAUAUAAAAGUGAUUAAAAAUCUGAAAUUUUGAUCAUCUUAAUUUUUUAACACAGUAAUCAUUUUGAGGGUCUGUGAACAUUAAAGCUAACUCGCGCUGAUACAGGGAGAACCUGCAAAAACCUGCAUUAAAGAUUAAUUCCUCUCUUACAGGAUAAUGUUCUGUAUAGGCACUGCACUUAUUAAGAUGGACUCAAAAGGUCCACUAAGCACAGUAACCUAAGAGGUGUAUACAAACUCAAUGCAAUCAUGCUUAAUGCUAAGUAGGGCUGGGCAAUGUGAUAAUUGGGCAACAGAACUUCGAGAUGGCUCCCUUAAGAUCCACCAACUCCUUGCCUUGCUCAACUUCUUAGAAGACACAAAAAAUAGGAAGCUGGAUAUUGCAAAAGACCGAGUUGAUAUAUUUAGUUGGAGUCCUGCCGUUGAACCUCACCGAAGUGCUCAAUUUAUCCUCUGGUAAAUUAUUGGUUUGUGACUAUUGUGUCCAUCAUUUUGUAAUGUGGCUGGAGCUGUUUCAAGAUUUCUACAGCAAGCUUCCUUUUGGGUUCCAUAUGUUAUUUUAUGCUUUGUGUCUGCAUUGAGACAUUGGCUCGUGAGGACAAUGUUUUCCAAAUCUUGGCUGCAUCUGUUAGUUGCAUUAUAAUUUGCUCACUUCUCCUGGGGUCUUAUUUAAAAUUUCUGCUCCAGUAAUUUCAGCCAACCGUCUAAAAAUGCCUGGGUGAUGUAGAAGCCAAAAUUGUUGGUACCCGAAGCUAUGUAAUUGCUGGCUAUGACUCAUAGAAACAGAAUAAUGUGAGAAAUAAAUACAUCUGCUUUAACAAGA